UUUUACAAUUCCUUAAUCACUUUCAACUUUUUCCACACAAAGCCCGACUUGCUCGAAAGCUGUUUUUAUAACUACACACGUUAUCAGCACACAACUAAAUUUCGGGAAUCAUGUUCGAAAGCAUAAGUUUCUUGUUCCUGGUAGCCCUGGCCUUUGUGGCCUGGGUCCUGCUCUGCUUCCAGCACGUCGUCCAGGUCCACACGCGAGGCUCCUCCGAUUUCCGAGUCGAACUGUACACAGAGCGUCCUGGGAUUUCGUUUGAGCCGCAGCUGUGCCAGAGUUCCUCAGAGCAUAGUCGCUCCGGAAGCACAUACGCAUUCGCAACGAGCUUCGGAGUGAUCUUCGCCCUGACCUUCGGUCUGUCCAAGCUGCUCCAACUGGCGGAGUUGCAGGCCAAAAGCUUUCUGAAAAGCCACAAGGCUCUGCAUCCCGGAUCUUCUUCCAUAGUGCAGGAUCCAGUUGCCGAGCAGCAGGCGCCAUGUCAGCAGAACGAUUCGAAUCCCUUCGAGCCCCUGCUGGACCACAAUGAAAAUCUGAAGGAGCAACUCAGUAUCCUGCAACUGCAGUGCCUUGAAAUGCGCGAACUUCUGCACGAGUUGGAGAUCAGCAGCAGCUCCAGUAGCUAUGGGAGUGUCAGAUCCGGAAAGCAGACGCCAAUGGCCGAAUCCUCCGAGGAAUCAAUGGUGGUGUGGAGGCGAACGGAUUCCAUGACUGAUACAGUCUCCGGUUCAUUGCACGCCGACAAAGUCAAAUUCCCCUCCACCCAAAACAUCUACAUCAGCAACAGCCACAUCCACAUCAACGGACAAGUCUACCUGACUGAGAACCACGUGAACGUCGAGCUCUGCCAAAAGGCAUCUAUGUUCGGUCGCAGACAGAGCGAGUUCCUCCAGGUGGCGGGAAUGUACAUCUCCGGACCCAAGAAGCUACCCAUGAUAGCCGGUCUGCGGUGCAACAACAUCCUCAUCUGAGGAGUCGCCAAAAUCAUCCAUUAUACUCGCAAUAAACAAUGUUACUAGCACUUAAAAA